AUGUCGGCCGGGGCCGCUCGGAGGCGGCGCCGAGGAGGGAAGAAUCGAAACCACCUGAGGCCCGGGCAGGGCGGCCCGGAGCGCGGCGGCCUCGGGGUGGCGGGGGCGGCAGCGGGGCCCGGCCCGGCCCAGCCCGGCCCGCGCUGUCCCCGCACGGCGGCCGGCGGUGAGCGCGGGGCGGAGCGGGGCCGGGCGGGGGAGCGGGGCCGGGCGGGCGGUGACGCGGGGCCUUGCAGGCUGGCGGCGGCGCUGGCGGCGGCGCUGCGGGCGGGCGCGGAGCGGCGGCGGGAGCUGGAGCGGCGGCUGGCGCGGAGCCGCGGCCUCCUGCGCUGGGCCGGGCAGGAGGACGAGCAGCCGCAGGCGGAGGCCGGCGCCGGCGGGGAGCACGAGGACAGGCCUUCACCAAAGGAGCUAGAGGAGCUGGAACUGCUGAACAGGGCUUUAGAGAAGGCACUGAAAGUUAGGAAAAGCAUCUUGAAAACUCCAUUGGAGUCCCAGGGAGCUACAGGAGAGAAAUCUGCAGGUGAGGGACCUGCUCACAAGAAUGCUGAUGAGCAGCAAGUGCCUGCAGCUGUUGAGGGUGUUCCUGAGUGUGCAAAGGUGAGAGCUGUAAACAAAAAGCCUGCCUCUCUGAAAAAGCCUUCUCCAUACCAGCUGAGAGCCCCUUACAGGACUGACCCAGAUGUGAAAAAACUACAAAGGAAAGCCCCAGCCCGAUGUGUUUCUCAAGGUCCCAGGACAGCUGGGAAGAGCUCCUCAAAAGGAGGGCUGGCAUGCAAACAAGGAAGGAGUCAUAGGACAUCAACCAGUGCCAGCAACAGAGAGACCUGUGCUGCAACUGAACCCAAAAAGACACCUGGCUUGUCUGAAUCUGGCCUGAAUGAGCAGCAAAGCUUUUCCACAGGGGAUUCAGCUGAGGGAAAGAUCUCUGUAGCUGCUGACAGGCAGCUGUUUGAUGCAGGGAAUAAAAGUGGUCCCCUGGGAGAGUCCAACAGAAAGGACCGUGCAACUGACAGUGUGUUGGGAAGAAGCACCUCACCACGGGCAGUCACCCUGCAGGAGAAGGGAUGCCAGCUGAAGCUGCCCCUGCCCUACAGGAAAGCCUAUGCCAGGAAUUGCAGGGCGUGGAAGAGAUGUCGUCUCUGCCAAACAAGUGCAGAUGCAGCAGCUGCAAGGAACCGUUUCAUGGAGAGGAUCCAGAGAACUUUUUGUUCACUGGCACCAGCCUUCAGUCCUGCAGAGAUAGAGGAGGAAUUAAAAGUCCUUCAGGAUGUUCCCUCCCUUCUCAGUCAGUAUGUGAAAGCUGAGCGUGCAGACCAUGCCACUCUGCAGAGAGAGUAUGAAAGCCUUCUAACCUUGGAGGGUUUGCAAACCACAGUUUCCCAGUGUCUGCAUAAACUGCAGCUUCUGCGAGCAGCUGUGGAGUCCCAGAUCCAGCUCUGCCCAGACUCUGCUGGGGAUGCAGGAAGCUGUUCUCCAGCCUGUGUUUCUCCCAGGGGACAGACGUGUGACAGUGCAGACCUGCUGGCUGUGCCUCUCCUUUAUUAUUCCAGUUGCCAGGAGCUGAGAGACCUGUUUGCCUUGAAGCUGCAAGUGUCAAUGCUGCACCAAGAAGUUGCCUUACAAAAGGUGAUGAUGGCAGAGCUCCUGCCUGUCCUGGAGCCCAGGCUGUCCCCAGGGACCCCUGCAGUGCAGCUGUACCGGGCGCUGCACACGCUGCUCUGCGGGGGUGGGACCCGCUUCCCGGUGCUGGUGAGAGAUGAGCUGGCAGACUGAGGUGCUGGGAAGCUCCUGCUUGUCAUUCCCAGAACCAGAGACAGUUUUAAGCAAUAAAUAUUUUCUGUUGACUUUUUCA